AUGCCUAAAGUUGGAAAGCCAAAGAGUAAACGUGUUUCGGUGCGUCUUCGUCACAAGGUCGAGAAAGCAUCAGCGGCAAAACAAAGGAAAGCUCGUAAGGAUGGAAAGAAGAAUCCAGAAUGGCAAUCGCGGUUAAAGAAGGAUCCUGGAAUUCCAAACUUAUUCCCAUAUAAAGAUAAGAUCUUGGCAGAGAUUGAGGAAGGGAGAAGGAGAAAGGCUGAAGAUGCUGUGAAACGACGAGCUGAUGCGAAGGCUACUAAGACUGGAGAACAAGUUGAGAGAGAUGUUGAGGCUAGAAUGGAGGGUGUGGAUGAGGAGGAUAUCGAAGAUGAGGAUGAGGACGAGGAUAUGGAUGGUGAGGAUGAUGAUGAUGAUUCCAAUCCUAUGGCAGCUUUACUUGCCAGUGCCAGAGCCGCAGCAGCGCAAUACGAGGACGACCUUGUUAGUGGCGAUGAUAUGGACGAAGAUGACGAUUCAGAAUCAGAGGACGACGAUGCAUUCGACGGUGUUAAGCUUGCGGGAUUACCUACAAGAAAAGAUGGAUCAAGAAAAGCUUUCGACAAGGUUUUCAAGGAAGUUGUCGAUCAGGCGGAUGUUGUACUCUACGUUCUCGAUGCUCGCGAUCCCGAAGGCACCCGAUCGAAAGAAGUCGAACGUAUGGUUAUGGCUGCUGCGAGUGGUGGAAAGAGGUUGAUUCUUGUUCUCAAUAAAAUCGAUCUUAUUCCUCCUCCAGUUCUCAAAGCUUGGCUCAUUCACCUCCGAAGAUAUUUCCCUACCUUACCACUACGAGCUUCUGGUCCAGCAGCAAACGCACAUACUUUCAAUCAUAGUCAAUUGACUGUGAAAAGUACAUCGCAAACACUUUUCAAGGCUCUGAAAUCAUUUGCUGCGGCGAAACAACUCAAGCGCUCCAUUUCUGUUGGUGUUAUUGGAUAUCCUAACGUUGGAAAAUCCUCCGUCAUCAACGCCCUCACAUCCCGUCUUGGUGGUGGGGGUGCAGCAUGCCCCGUUGGUGCCGAAGCUGGUGUUACUACAUCUCUCCGAUCAGUCAAAAUUGAUAGUAAAUUGACGCUACUCGAUUCUCCCGGUAUCGUUUUCCCAUCCGCAGGUGAUUCAUCAAAGUCCUCGAAAAUUGAAGAACAAGCGAGACUUGUUCUCUUGAACGCUAUUCCCCCUAAGCAAAUCGAAGACCCCGUACCCGCAGUUGCCUUACUAUUGAAGAGAUUGAGCGCUAAUCAAGAUAUGCUCACUAAACUUAUGAAUGUUUAUGGAUUACCACCAUUGGUUUCCGUAAAUGGCGAUACAACCUCGGAUUUCCUGAUUCAAGUUGCACGAAAGAGAGGAAGACUUGGGAAGGGUGGUGUACCAAAUUUGAAUAGUGCUGCUACGACGGUUAUCACAGACUGGAGAGAUGGAAGAAUCCAGGGAUGGAUGGAUGCUCCUAUUUUGGCCAUUGCCCCAGACAGGAUAGCUGGUGCAGAUGUCGGAGAGGAUGUGAAGGGUGAUCAAAAGCAGAUUGUCAAGGAGUGGGCUGAAGAGUUCAAGUUAGAGGGAUUAUGGGGAGAUAGUUCUUCCAAGAAUGAAGUUAUGGAGGAAUAG